AUUACCCAAGAAAUAAUAUUUUUUCUAUUUUCUAUCGAAAGUAUAAUUUACAAAUUCGUAAAAUUACUACUAGUGCCUUAAAAGUGUCCGGAUAUUAGGUUCGCCCCUAGAUUAAACCAAAUGUCAGGUGUAUAGGACAAAAUGGAGAAAACAGAAAGCAUUGUGGCUUAUACCUUUAAUUCUAAUAUACAAAUAAAACAAAUGUAUUAAUAAUAUGUUAGAAUAAGGGCUUAGUCGUUACUUUUCCUAAAUUAGACGUCACUAUCGGCCCUUUGAAGCAAUUGAUGGAGAAAUGGCCGUCGCAUGCAGUAUGUUUUCUCAACCCAAGUCGGUUGGGACUUUUUUUGAAUAACAAAUAUAUUUGGCUAUAUAAAUGUCAUGAGGCAGAUCCGAUGCGGUUCACUGAGAAAGAGGACUGCGGUUACGUGUCAGAUCGUCAGCUUCACUGGUCAUAUACAUUGAUGUCAUAAAGAAUUGGAGCCAUGCUUACUCUUCUGCUGAUCAUGGCAAUGUUUGGCCAAGGCCAGUCAUUGGUGUUGCAUGGGACCGCAUUCGUCACAGCAUUCCCAGAGAACAUUGCCUCCUUCUAUCCAUAUAGUUCGAGAAAUUCUCUCAACAUUACAGCUCUCUAUAAUAACACAGAAGUUAAUGUCAUUGUAGGCAACUCAACAUACCAACUUAUACUGCUUCAAGGAGAGACCCAUAUUUUUACUCUGUCUUCAGAUGUCCUCGAAUCUAAACUCACCCAAUCCCUGAAGACCGUCAGAGUUUCCAGCUCCAAAAACAUUGUUGUAGUGUCAAUAAGUGUGCAAGGAGAUAGCGUGCAGACCAAUGCCCUUUGGCCUUAUGAAAGUCUUGGAUUGUAUUAUUCUAUCCCCAUUCUAAAUUAUAGUGGAAUCCUUUCUACGUUCUAUCAAGAUCCACAAUAUGUCAGCGAGAGAUACAAAUUCUUCAGGCUGCUCAUUAUCAAUACGGUGGGUUACAAAAAUAUUAUCACAAUUGCACAGAAAACACUUCAAGCCAACACGGUUGAACUCCAACCCUGGGCCUUUCUCCAGCUUCAGCUCACUGGUUCAGAAAUCGCAGUAAGCGGUAUUUAUAAAGUGGCUGUGAUACUGGCCCACCCGUGUAUGGAAGUGACAAAAUGCAAUUGUAACAUGGUGGUGAACCAACUUAGUCCGGACGAUUGGUGGGGUUACAAUUUUAUUGUGCCCUACAUAAACAACAUGGCAUGGCUGCAUGUGACUGAAAACACUUAUACGCAAGCAGCCGGUACCCUGGAUCCUAUCAAGCCAGGAGGCAAAUACAUCACCACAACAUAUCCAUCCUCUCUCAGGAUUAUCAGCCCAGGCAUCAUCAUAGAAGUCAUUCCAGAAAACUUAUUCUCUGCCUGCUACCUAGUGCAAUUCAGCUGGCAGAAUGGCAGCGUUCUGGUGAUAGCUGAAACAGCCUUAAAGUCAAAUGUGUAUAUAGACAGUAAAUUACUGGUAUCUAAUAAUUGGGUCACCAUUGCAGAUACUGACUAUUCUGUGGCAUCAGUGUCUCUCAGUGACAGACAUGUCAUUUGGCAUCCUACCUCAAAAAUCGCAGUGUACUCGUUUAGUAAGAUGUACAGUGGAACUCAAUACGGAAGCUCGGCUGUACCGUUAAGUAACACUUCAGACCCCGCUGGCUGUUUAUUCGACCCUCCUGUGUUUACAGUCGAACCUACACCCAUGAGUUGGACCGAAUCCUACAAUUUCUGUACAAACCAUAGUGACGAGCUGGCCAGUCCAUCCACUGAGAUGUCAAUCCUGGCGCUGGCUAAUUUUAUGCCAACCAUAGAAAGUGAUCAGUACUGGAUCGGGCUGCGGCGCAGUCUGUUUACAUUAGAUUGGUACUGGCAAGAUAGAAACCAUAGUGUAGACUUCAGUUACAUGCAAUGGAGUGGCGGAGAACCAGGAGAUCCUGCGACGGGCAUGUGUGCUUCAAUAUUUUCAAAUAUGACUUGGAAAAUGGUGUCCUGCUGUUAUAUGUUCAUGCCGAUCUGCUACAACAGACCUGAAUACUUCCCUAUUAAAUAAGGUUACAAAAAUAUCAGUAAAGAAGACAACAUUGGACGUCUGAAAAUUCUAGUAAAAAAUACAGCGAUGUUACGGGAUGACAUUUAAACUUGUAACUGUAUAUAUUGUUCAAUGAUACAUUCAUCUACCAAUAACUCUAUGUACUAAAGUAAACAGAUGUGAAAUAACAUACCUGUAAAGUUAACUAUGGAGUUGUUUUUGACCUAUGAUGACCUAUGAAAAAUGUAAACAUGUCUAAACACUUGUUUUAAUUUAUUUACUUAAUAUAUUGUUCAUACUUAAAAAACAUAGACUUGUUAGCACAUUAUAUUUUCAUUAUUGUUAAAUAUAUAUUUAUAAAUCUAAUAUAUUUAGACACAACAUAAAACCAUCAUUUAUGAAUAAAUGAGUCUAAGAUGUUGCAUUUAAAACACAUAGAUAAUAAACUUUAAGCUCUCAUUCCUAGCGUCUGCAUAAUUUAGAGUAAUGCCAUUGAUAAGUUAAGUAGUCCACCUUUGGUUCGUUGAGUAAAUGGUUUGGGAAAAAUAUGGACAAACCAACCACUGGUUUAAAGUGGCCUAAAAAUAUCAUUUCACCCAACCAUGGCGUGAAACAACUCAUCAUAGGUUCAUUUAAACCCAGUAUUUGGGUUGGUCCAUAUUUUACCCAACAUUUUUUUGGAGUGUGGACUCUAUGUGACAGGUGUUAUGGCUAUAAUGACUCUCAUGUCAGCACCUCAUUAUGCAAAGUUCUGCAGGGGGACAAAUGUGUUUUGAAUACAAAUUGGGCCUGUCGAGUAGGAAACACACAAAUGAAGAUCAUUAAGUUCAGAGAGGAGAAGACCUGAGACCUGGCAGCAUCAGCUCAGCUGAUACAAAAGCUGGGAGGCUCAAAUCAACUGCACAGUUUUCACAGAACCACAGGACACUAAUAAUGCUGUCUGUUUUAGUGUUCAUGUCAUUGGUUUACCAGGGACUGUCCCUGGUGAGCCAAGGAACAGAUUUCAUCACAACUUUCCCAGAGAAUAUCGCCUACUACUACACAAAAGAUUCCUGGACCACGCUCAAAAUUACUGCUUUUUAUACCAACACAGAGGUCAAUGUGACCGUCAACCAAACCAGCGUAUAUAACGCAACGUUGAAUUCCGGAGAGGUUCAAAAUGUGCAUUUUCCCGUGUCUGUACAGCAAAACAAUUUCACACGUUACCUUCAAUGUGUGAGAAUUGUCGGCACCAGACCGAUUACAGUGCUCUGGAUCAGUCGGAGAGGCGAGAGCAUACAGAGUAAUGUUGUUCAGCCUCUAGAAAAUCUGGACCACUAUUAUGAUAUACCGGCGUUGAGCUACGCUAAGAUGAUUGGCUUAUAUAACGCGCCAAAUGAGUUAGCUGAGACUAAUAGUACUUACAAUACAUUCAAGCUGAUCAUUAUCAAUGCUGAAGAUCAAUGGAACAGCAUCUAUGUCAAAUUUGAUUAUGGGAAUGCUUAUGGGAAUACUGUUCGUGUUCUCCUGAGACCUUAUGAUCUUUAUCAAGUUUAUACCAAUAGUUUACACAUUUCAGUUCUCUCUAACCAUGUAGUGGCUGUGCUGCUUACCCACCCAUGUGUGGAAACAACAGGAUGUGGAUGCAACAUGGUAGUGAGCCAGGUUCUCCCGAAAAGUCUGUGGGGUAAUACGUUUGUUGUCCCAAUGCUGAGGAACGUGAACUCAACCUGGCUACAUAUGACAUCCACAGCAGGGUUCAAAUUCAAAGGGAAAGGGGCACAGCCAAAAAUUGGGACACCGCCUUAUAGUGUGCCACCGCCUAAUAAUGUGUCACCGCCUAAUAGUGUGCCACAGCUAAAUUAUGUGUCACAGUUCGUGCCCUUUAACAACAUUAGUGAGAAAUCCCAGUUGAUUGAAUUAUACGACAAUUCACCCAUCCGGGUUGUCGGUCCUGGCUCUAUC